CGCACGAUUCGCCCUUAUUGGCCCCAUAAAGAAACUGGAACCACCGGCGUGGCGGUCAUGCGCGUGUCACGCGUUCGGUCUGGAGCUUCAUGAACCGCGUGGAUGGUGGAGGAGGAGGAGGAGUGGGCCCGCUGGCUCAGAGGCUGCUGAGUGGACGUCGCAUUCGAGCGCUGCACUACGAAGCCGAUGACCCGAGUUCGAUUCCUGGCCACGGCUAAAACCAGUGGGAGCAGGCUGGUUAGCGCUCCUCCUCGUUCUGCGCCGCCACGCCAGACGCCAUGGGCUGUUCUCACAGCACACGCGUGCAUCACAGCAACGGGAGACCCAGAGCCGCUCCGUCGGCUCUCAGAGCGUGGCUCCCAUCACGGGAUCUGUUGACGGAACGCCCGCGCGAAGAGGACCUCGACCUCGAAUCGACCGAGUCCAAAGUGACACAACAAGAACAACAACAACGACGACCCGGCCCGGGCGAGACCCUGGCGGACGUUUGCGCGGCCGAUUCCGAGACGGACGGAUCGCCGCCACUGCGGCCGCUGCCGCCGCCGCUGCCCUCGUCGGGACUCGUUGACCCCGCAGGCGCCGAGCCUCGCUCCUCCGCGGGUGCCGACGGUCGCUCGUCCGCCGGGGACGACGACGACGACGCGAACCUUCGCUCGGACGCGGCGACACGCGACGUCGCGCAGCCCACGUCGGCGGAGGACCUCUGCGACGUUCCCGACCGGGGCUGUCCGCUCCCCGUGGGUCGCUCCCGAAGUUUGUCGGACGACCCGCCGCUGCCGGGGUUCGUGGCGGGCGACGGGACUCCGCGGGCAGGGCUCGCGCAGAGCGGAGGGAACGCGGAGUCGAGCGAGGCGGACCCCCCGGCCGACGCGGAGAGCCUGGCAGGAGCGGCGGCGGAUUCGUCUUCGUUGAUGUGCGUGGGAGACGGGGCCGCUCGCGGAGACGCGGCCGACGGGGUCGAGGCGCGAGAGGGCCACGUGCCGGAGACGGCCACGCCGGGUCUCCCCGUGGACACGGCGCCGGAGGAGUCUCGGGAGGAGGCAGAGACUGCUACGGGCGUCUGUCCAGACUCUUCGUCGGAGGGCAACUGAGAGCAUUGUUGAGUCACAAUUGUCGAGUUUGGCGACGGACGUUUGUCGUUUCGAUCACGGCGCAAGAAGCCCGAAAGCAGCGCAGGGGCGAAGUGAUUCGCCAGAAUUACAACUUCCAAAUUGUAGGAUUUUUUUUUCAUAGGGACAUGAACCCAUACGGACAGUGGGAAAACUCGUCGAAACGAGCGAUUGGUUGGCAGAUGGCUGAAUUUCAAUAUUUUCCAAUCAAUGAAUGACCACACUGCAUUAUAUGAGGGCGUUUGUUUGUCCAUCGAUCCGAUUUUUUAAUCGAGGAGCUAAAACCAGCCCCAAGCACGUGCCGCCCUACGCAAAAAUCCACCCGGAAUCAUAAUAUUUAUUCAUACUGGAGGAAUCCGAUGAGCUAUAAAGCUUUUUUCACACGUGUCCAGGAGGGCCACGUGGCCAGCGCAUUACAUGGGGAGACAGCACCACGGCUGCCACUCCAUCUCGUUUCCCCUCCACACUCGUCGGCCACGAUAAAUCCACUGCUGGGAUGAAGGCCUCCCCCACGCCGUCUCUGACGAGCACUGCGACGUAGCAAUGCACCGGCGCGCUCCAUCUCUCCACGGUGGACGUACCCUCGGACGCGUUCCAAUCCUCGGCUGCCACGCUUCCAUUGUUGUUGUUGUUCAUGCACCAUUCGCCACCAUCCAUUCUUGCGACGAAGAAUUGUAUACAAACAAUAAUUUCACACGUGCCUUUUUAUUACCUAUGUGUGUACUGUAUAUAUGUUGAACUUCUUUCGCACCGUACGUAGCCAACCGCGCUGAUCGGAGGUGGUCAGUGCUGGUUGGUGGAGGGCCCAGGACAAGAUCAGACAUCGCUUGCCACGUGGCAACACGACCACGUGCUAAUCAGACUAAACACAAAAAGUAGUUCAAUCUACGUACGGUGAAGCAUCUGCUACUUAUGGUUGCGAAAUACGUUCGGCAUAUAUAUAAAGUGUCCACUUCGUGUGCACGUGAAAGGGUGCUCACAGCAUGUCCCGAUUAUUGGGCUGUGGUAGACAUGCACGUGCACCUCCAAUGAGCACCGUUGGCUACGUACGGUGCGAAAGAAGUUCAACAUGCGCACUUACGCAGCCUGUGCGGUCUUAGUCGGGCGUUUCGUGGGAUCCUACCCAGUCCAAUGCCUGAUUCACAAGUUGUGUUUGGCCAAGCGCAGGGAACCACACGCAAGCGCAACAUUUAAAUGGCACUCGGUGCAUUGAGGAGGAUCCUGCUGAUGUAGAAUGUGUAGCGUGUGUGUGUCGCGUGUGUGUGUCGCGUGUGUGUGUGUCGCGUGAGUGUGUGUCGUGUGUGUGUGUAGCGUGUGUGUGUGUCGUGUGUAGCGUGUGUAUGUAGCGUGUGUGUGUGUCGUGUGUAGCGUGUGUGUGUAUAGCGUGUGUGUGUGUGUGUAGCGUGUGUGUGUCGCGUGUGUGUAGUGAGUGUGUGUAGUGAGUGUGUGUAGUGUGUAUGUAGCGUGUGUGUGUAGUAUGUGUCGUGUGUGUGUGUAGCGUGUGUGAGUGUGUGUAGUGUGUGUGUGUGGUGUGUGUCGCGUGUGUGGCGUGUGUGUGUGUCGUGUGUGUGUAGCGUGUGUGUGUAGUAUGUGUCGUGUGUGUUUGGUGAGAACUCAACCAAGGUAGUGUAGCGGUUCGCGUGCUUCGCUUCGAACUCGACGAUUAUCUGAACCGGACUUGGACAUCCCCUAGGUCGACUCUGCCUCAAAUGAGUACCUGGUGUGGUGUGUAUUAAACAUCGCCACUGGGAAGAUAAAGGCGGCCAGGCGCGGUAUUGGACACCCACCCCCUCGUGUGCCUUGCCAGACUUAAUAGGUGCUCGCUAACAGCACUUGACCCACUAGUCUGUGAAGGCUAUAUGGGGGAUCUUUGUCUUUGAUGAGAACUCAUGGCAAGUAAGGCAGCAACAAGGAUGAGUAAUCAUGUUCACUGUGAAGAAGGCUGCCAAUGCGAUGCCUUUAAACAAAGCUGGAACACUGCAUUUUAGUUUGUAGUGGCCCAGUGUAUAGGAUGUUGGAUGUAUAAUAUCAUACGUGAUGAGUUGCAUUAUUAUUGUUUAGUUUUUGCAAACAAAAAUAUAUCACGCAUUUAUAUCAGAGUGCUUGUUAGUGAUCUGAUUGCGCCUUAGGCCUAUAGUAUGACAAAAAUAACGGAGCCCAAAUAUUUUUUCUGAACUACAAUCCUAAGUCACGGUUUUUGUUUGGCUCGGGUCAAAAGGUCAUAGGUUGCACAUAGCAUCGUACGCACUACCACCGGUUCCUGGUUCGCGCCGCGACUCAACUCCGCACGAUGAGAGCUACUGAAUUAAAAUCUACGACAGAUAUUACUCCAAGUGCCGUGACUGACGGAACGACUCGUCGACGGACAACGGGAAGUUUCUCGCAAUGCGUGUGACAGCGCUGUAAAGUGAGCGCCCUCCAUUCACCGCCGGAUGACGGCCCGUACGCGGCACCGAACGCAUAAAUAAAUGGUGGCAGUAAAUAAAUAAAUAGCGGCUUGAACGCCUUGCUCAUGGCAGGGGCCACGACCGAUCAUUCAUCCGGGCCCAAUCCAUCCAUUAUUCACCAGAAGCCACUCGGCCCUGAAACCGACAGAUGCGUGGGGUUAGUGGCUUCACGUGAAACCACGGACGGAAAAUAAAUAACUCGACGCGUCCGUUUUGCAAAAAAAGACUAAUUUGAAGAAGCAAAAAGAAAACCCACGCGCCGAUAUUCUUUGGGUCUUUCGGUAAAGUCACGUAGAUGGUUCAAAGUAGUUUUUUGUUAUUUUUUCUUAUUUUCUUUGAACCAUCUAUUUGACUUUACCGAAAAACCCAAAGAAUAUGAAUUCCUGCGGUCGCGAAAGCUUUAAGUCAACAUUUCCACGCGCACGAUUCCAUGGAAAAACUUCAAUUUUGCAACGUGGCCAGCAGCAACAGCAACAGCAGCAAAGUCAGCCUUUGGCCAAACACCGGAGGGAAAUUCUAAAGCAACAAAUUCGCGAACCCGUCAAGGCGGCCGCCUCGGCCGUACGGCGGCAAAGUUUUCUCAACCGCUUCGCUGCUCAAGUGGCGAGCCGACAGCGUCAAGUGGGCUGUGUGCGUCUGUAGGCGGGCUAUUUGGGGCGAGUGGAGAGAGAAGGGGAAGAGGUUAGUGGGGGGAGGUCUCAUAUUCACUCUCAAGACUCUCGCAUCAAGCGGCGACCUGGAAGAGGACCGGUCAGGCGUUACAAUGAGAAUAAUAGAGACGGGGGGACUCGAUGGAAAGUUGCGUGGGCUUUUAUUCCUGUUAUUUACAUGCAAUUUUUGUUUUCAAAAGGCAAUUGGUUUCGUUUGUUCGCGUUACACGCACCACAAGGGAAACACAAAACGCUCCUCCGCGGUUGCGAUGCCCUGUGCGAUUUUUUUGGAAACGAUCGCGUAGACGUCCUCGCAGCCGGUGAGGCCGUUUUCGAUGGCUUUUUAGCGUCGCGCUCCCCAAGUUGAAGUGAAUUGUUUGGCUCGCCGAUUUCGGCGAUCGUAUAUACCACUUGACACACUCCUCUCGAGAUGGCACUUUAUUGAAGACACGCUCGCUUGACAUCAGGCGGAGACCCCCACUGCAACAGCCCCGAGUCUCCCGUGCAUCUUACUUUUAUAUCACUACGAGGCCACGCCUCCCUUCUCGAACCUUCUUGCUGCCUCUGGACGCUCGCUCCACCGGCAGACUCCACCGUCCUCUUCCGUCGCCUGUCCACGCUCCCUUCUCGAACAUUCCCGUAGCCACCAGUCCCUUCGCACUCACAGCUGACUCCCCUGUCAUUACCUCCCGUGGCCACCAGUCCCUUCGCACUCACAGCUGACUCCCCUGUCAUUACCUCCCGUGGUCACCAGUCCCUUCGCACUCACAACUGACUCCCCUGUCAUUACCUCCCGUGGCCACUAGUCCUUUCGCACUGCAGGCUGACUCCCCUGUCAUUACCUGCCGUGGCCACUAGUCCACUCACACCGCGUGUAGACUCGACUGUCAUUACACGUGUGAGGGUUUAUUUAACACGCUAGAGUCUGUGAUGCUAAGCUGGUCUGGUCGGCCUCCACGAUCGCAAAGGGCGCCACAGUGGCGAGAUCUUAACUACCUUCGCCUGGUAUACAGGAGGUCGUGGGUUCGAUACCGACCCUGCUGUGUAAUUGGAGUUUGUAUUUUCUCCCUGUCCUCCGGUCCCCCCCCCCCCCCCCCCACAUGUCGAAACGUGCGUUGAGAGGAUUUGGCUGCUGCUGUACGAUUCCACGCGAUAAGCCACUUCGUAGAGCUAUCAUUUGUGGCCAGGUCGCUUCUGAAAAUAGAGCUACACAGCUCAGUGGGCCUUACCUGGUUAAAAUAUAAAAAACAGUUAAAUAGCAAGUGACAUGAACAGCGCAGUUAGUACAGCGGCACGUGCCGAGAUAAUUAAUUCUUGGACAGUUUUUUUCUGAGCUUCGACGAAUAGUCCUUAGGGGACUGUUCAGAAAAGCCUCAAACGCCGUCCGCGAAAUCAAAGCGCGUGGGGUAAGACGGCGUGUAGAUGCCACGCCAUAACUACACUCGGUCACGCUGCAGCCUUGCUGCAUUGCUUCGAGGGUGAAUUUACAAUCGCCACGCAUGACGGUGUUUCUGCGAUGACGCGUGGAGUUCGAGUAUUCGGAUUAAUUACGCCGGUCGCACCCAGCGACUGGCCAGUACUAAAACUGAAACUCUCCAAAAGUGCAACUCGGCAUUGCGGUCCCGAUCACCCUUUGGCCGAAUUCUCGUGUCAGAUUCAGUUCAUUUACGAUGCCGAUUAUGAUGUGAAUUUAAUGUCGCCUGUAAACAGACACGUGCGCGUGUGUGUGCGUUUGUGUAUCGAGCGCGUCAAAAAUGUACAUUUGAUAAAGUUUAACUAUUCUUAGUGUCUUAGUUAUUUUUUUAACUGAUAAAGCGACGAAAACUUGAUCAAUACAAACACAGGUGGUGUACGUCCGCCAGCGUCUAUAUAGUGAAUGUUUCUACACUUUAACGCUUUGCUGUUUUUAUCACAGUUUGCACAAUAAUUUUAACAAGUACUUAUUUAAUAAUAAA